AUGGGUAAAAGCUCGACCACGGCAGUGGUGCGUGUACGGGAGACCAUGUCGUCAAGCAGCUUCAAGGAGCACACGGACACACUCAGUUUGGAGGUGCCCGACUACCUGCAGGUUAAGGACAUGGGCGUCGGCGAGUUCGUUAGCUCGCGCGUCUUCCCGGUCGGUGGCUACGAGUGGGAGAUGAGGUUCUACCCAGGCGGAAAAGACUGGCACUGUGCCGGCAACGCCUCCGCGUACGUGUUCAGCCGCAGCCAAGUCAAGGACGUGAGCACCCGGUUCACGUUGAGCAUGCUGCACACCAAGGGCCAGGUGCAGGUAGCAAGCUUCGACCCGAGGAAGCGCGUCUUCUCGCCAAAAGCAACGAGAUACGACGAGUGA